AUGCCCGUCGACAUUCUCUCGAUUCUGUACGCUGGCACGGUGGCUCUAGGCGGGGCCAUAGGCUACGCCACCAAGGGAAGCAUCCCGUCGCUUGUAGCCGGACUUUCAUUUGGAGCCAUUCUCGGCGUCGGCGCCUGGCAGACGUCGGUCAAUCCGCGAAACUACUGGCUCAUAACAGUCACCUCUCUGGUUCUGUCGGGAAUGAUGGGCUACCGAUUCUACGGCAGCAAAAAGUUCAUGCCAGCAGGACUCGUCUUCACUCUGGCCACUCUGAUGGUCAUUCGCUUUGGCCUGCGCUUUGUCACCGGCCGAAACUACUUCUGA